AUGGACGGCCUUUUGAUCGAUUCCGAGGACCUUUAUACCCUUGUUGUAAAUAAGAUUCUACAUGAAUAUGGCAGGCCAUCGCUUCCUUGGUCUAUUAAAGCGCAAUUGCAGGGCAGACCAGCGCCGGAGGUAGUUCCAACCGUACCUCAAACCCAAGAAAGAAACCAGAUUAACUCUUUGCUUCGAUCCAAGGCCACGCGAAUAUUCCACAAAUGGGCUCAACUUCCCAUUUCUCCUACCGAGUACUCUACCAAACUCUCUACCCUCCAAACCGAGCACUUUCCCACCACGAAGCCUCUCCCGGGUGCCUUCGAUCUGGUGCAAACCCUCUCCAAGACCGCCAACACUGAUUCCCCUGUGCACAUUGCACUUGCGACGUCAUCACAACGAAGCAACUACAUGCUUAAAACAUCCCACUUGAAUGAACUGUUCUCCCUAUUUCCACCUUCCAGAAUCAUCCUUGGCGACGACCCCAGGAUCGGCGCCGGGCGAGGCAAACCGAGACCAGACAUCUAUUUACUAGCGCUGGAGAGCAUCAACCAGGAGAUUCGUGCAAAUGGCAACAGCGAGCCGGAAAUCAAACCAGAAGAAUGUCUGGUUUUUGAAGAUAGUGUCCCCGGCGUUGAGGCGGGGAGAAGAGCCGGAAUGAGGGUCAUUUGGUGUCCGCAUGAGGGGCUAUUGAAGGAAUAUAAUGGAAGACGAGAAGAGGUUCUUGCUGGUGUGACUGGCGAACACAAGGAACUUGACUUGAUCGGUGCCAACUCAGAUGAUGGGCUCGGGACUGAACAUUGGAGAGCAAUCGGGGCUGGCAAGCCAGGGGUGAUUGGUGACGGAGGAGGAGAGCUGCUGGAUAGUUUAGAAUCCUUUGUCUAUGAAAGAUUUGAUACCCAUAUUAAGCUUGAUAGACUAUUCGAUCCACUUAAAGCAUCCCGCUAA